CCGAACGUGCCUUAUGCGAGUGAUACGACGUUGUUGGCGCUAGACGGUACUGUGAAGAAUGAUGUGAACAAAAAAGGCACGGUUGCUUUCUGGUAUAAACUUGGCAACACGCAGGACUUCCAAAUGUUGCUGUCGGCAGACGUGCUGCCGAGAGAUGCGAGUACGAUGUGCGGUGCACGCCAGCCGGCACGCCGUAAAAACU